GGAUGGGGGUGCUGGAUCGAUUCCCCACUCUCACCAUUCUGCUUUUCCCAGGUUUUGUGGUGCUUCCCGAGCAUGAGUUCAGCAUGAAGCGGCGAUUGGAUGAGCAGGAGUCACCCGUGUACGCGUCGCAGCAGAGGCGUCUCACCAGCAGCACCGAGGCUUUCCCGCACCAGCACCGCGUGCUCGCCCCGGCCCCGCCGGUCUAUGAGGCCGUGUCCGAGACCAUGCAGUCAGCCACGGGCAUCCAGUACUCCGUAACUCCCAGCUACCAGGUGUCGGCCGUGCCGCAGAGCUCGGGCAGCCACGGGCCGGCCAUCGCCGCCGUGCACAGCGGCCACCACCACCCCGCGCCCGUGCAGCCCCACGGCAGCCAGGUGGUGCCGAGCCACACGCACCCCACGCCCCCAGCCGUGCCUGUGCAGGGCCAGCAGCAGUUCCAGAGGCUCAAGGUGGAGGAUGCAUUGUCUUACCUUGACCAGGUGAAGCUACAGUUUGGUAGUCAGCCACAGGUCUACAAUGACUUCUUGGAUAUUAUGAAGGAAUUUAAAUCUCAAAGCAUCGACACUCCAGGGGUGAUCAGCCGUGUGUCGCAGCUCUUCAAGGGCCACCCAGACUUGAUCAUGGGUUUCAACACCUUCCUGCCACCUGGCUACAAGAUUGAGGUGCAGACCAAUGACAUGGUGAACGUGACAACCCCGGGGCAGGUUCACCAGAUCCCCACGCACGGGCUGCAGCCCCAGCCGCAGCCGCAGCCGCCGCACCCGUCGCAGCCUUCGGCGCAGUCGACCCCGACACCAGCACAGCCAGCACCACAGCCCACACCUGCCAAAAUCAGCAAGCCAUCGCAGUUGCAGGCUCAUACUCCUGCCAGCCAGCAAACGCCGCCGAUUCCGCCGUACGCGUCGCCGCGCUCGCCGCCCGUGCAGCCUCACACGCCCGUGACAAUCUCUCUGGGCACCACACCAUCCCUGCAGAACAAUCAGCCCGUGGAGUUCAACCACGCCAUCAACUAUGUCAACAAGAUCAAGAAUCGGUUCCAGGGACAGCCAGACAUCUACAAAGCCUUCCUGGAGAUUCUCCAUACGUAUCAGAAAGAGCAGCGUAAUGCCAAGGAGGCAGGAGGGAACUACACACCAGCUCUGACAGAGCAGGAGGUCUAUGCCCAGGUGGCUCGCCUCUUCAAGAACCAGGAGGAUCUGCUCUCAGAAUUUGGGCAAUUCCUGCCUGAUGCCAACAGCUCUGUGCUGUUAAGUAAGACAACUGCAGAGAAAGUGGAAUCGGUCAGGAAUGACCACGGGGGCACAGUGAAGAAGCCACAGCUCAACAACAAACAGCAGAGACCCAACCAGAAUGGCUGCCAGAUCCGACGGCACUCGGGCACUGGAGCAACCCCUCCAGUGAAGAAGAAACCAAAGCUGCUUGGUUUGAAAGACCAGUCUUUGGCAGAAGCCAGCAAACAUGGUGUGGGGACAGAAUCUCUCUUCUUUGAGAAGGUCCGCAAAGCUCUGCGUAGCACGGAAGCGUACGAGAACUUCCUGCGCUGCCUGGUUAUUUUCAACCAGGAGGUGAUCUCCAGGGCUGAGCUUGUGCAGCUGGUUUCUCCAUUCCUGGGGAAAUUCCCAGAACUGUUCACUUGGUUUAAAAACUUUCUGGGCUAUAAAGAGUCUGUUCACAUGGAGACGUAUCCCAAGGAACGGGCUACUGAGGGGAUUGCCAUGGAGAUUGACUAUGCCUCCUGCAAGAGGCUGGGCUCCAGCUACCGAGCCUUGCCCAAGAGCUACCAGCAGCCCAAGUGCACAGGGCGGACUCCACUCUGCAAAGAGGUUUUGAAUGACACCUGGGUCUCCUUCCCAUCCUGGUCUGAAGAUUCCACAUUUGUGAGCUCCAAGAAGACACAAUAUGAAGAGCACAUCUACAGGUGUGAGGACGAGCGUUUUGAGCUGGAUGUUGUCUUGGAGACCAACCUGGCAACCAUCCGCGUUCUCGAGGCAAUCCAGAAGAAGCUGUCACGCUUGUCUGCAGAGGAGCAGGCCAAAUUCCGGCUGGACAACACCCUGGGGGGCACCUCGGAGGUGAUCCACCGCAAGGCUCUCCAGAGGAUAUAUGCUGACAAAGCAGCUGACAUCAUCGAUGGGCUGCGCAAGAACCCGUCUGUGGCUGUCCCCAUCGUACUGAAAAGGUUAAAGAUGAAAGAGGAAGAGUGGCGAGAAGCCCAGAGAGGUUUUAAUAAAGUCUGGCGAGAGCAGAAUGAGAAGUAUUACCUGAAAUCCUUGGACCACCAGGGCAUCAACUUCAAGCAGAAUGACACCAAGGUCCUAAGGUCAAAGAGUCUCCUUAAUGAGAUUGAAAGCAUCUAUGAUGAGAGGCAAGAACAGGCUUCAGAAGACAAUGCUGGAGUCCCCACAGGCCCACACCUCUCACUAGCCUACGAAGACAAGCAGAUCCUGGAAGAUGCUGCCUCUCUCAUCAUCCACCACGUGAAGCGGCAGACGGGAAUCCAGAAAGAGGACAAGUACAAAAUCAAGCAGAUCAUGUAUCACUUCAUUCCAGACCUGCUGUUUGCUCAGCGAGGUGAACUCUCGGAUGUGGAAGAGGAAGAAGAAGAGGAGAUGGAUGUGGACGAAGCUACCGGGGCUGCAAAAAAGCACAACGGCGUUGGGGGUAGUCCUCCCAAAACCAAGCUGAUGUUCAACAACACGACAGCCCAGAAGCUGCGGGGCAUGGAUGAGGUCUACAACCUCUUCUAUGUGAACAGCAACUGGUACAUCUUCAUGAGGCUGCACCAGAUCCUGUGCCUGCGGCUGCUGCGGAUCUGCACCCAGGCCGAGCGGCAGAUCGAGGAGGAGACGCGGGAACGGGAGUGGGAGAGGGAAGUGCUGGGCAUAAAGAGAGACAAGAGCGACAGCCCUGCCAUCCAGCUGCGACUGAAGGAGCCCAUGGACAUCGAUGUUGAGGAUUAUUACCCAGCUUUCCUGGACAUGGUGCGCAACCUCCUGGACGGGAACAUGGACUCGUCGCAGUACGAGGACUCCCUGCGCGAGAUGUUCACCAUCCACGCCUACAUCGCCUUCACCAUGGACAAGCUGAUCCAGAGCAUCGUCCGACAGCUCCAGCACAUUGUGAGUGAUGAGAUCUGUGUGCAGGUGACAGACCUGUACCUGUCAGAGAACAGCAACGGAGCCACUGGUGGUCUGCUGGCCUCCCAGUCCUCCCGCACGCUCCUGGAGGCCGCGUACCAGCGCAAAGCCGAGCAGCUCAUGUCUGAGGAGAACUGCUUCAAGCUGAUGUUCAUUCAGAGCAGAGGUCAAGUUCAGUUAACCAUUGAGCUGCUGGACACAGAAGAGGAAAACUCGGAUGACCCUGUGGAAGCAGAGCGCUGGUCCGACUACGUGGAGCGGUACGUCAACUCUGACUCUACCUCCCCCGAGCUCCGUGAGCACCUGGCCCAGAAACCUGUCUUCCUGCCCAGGAAUCUGAGGCGGAUCCGCAAGUGUCAGCGUGGUCGGGAGCAGCAGGAGAAGGAAGGGAAGGAGGGGAACAGUAAGAAGUCCAUGGAGAACGUGGAGAGCCUGGACAAGCUGGAGUGUAAAUUCAAGCUGAACUCGUAUAAGAUGGUGUACGUGAUCAAGUCGGAGGAUUACAUGUACAGGAGGACCGCGCUGCUGCGAGCUCAGCAGUCCCACGAGAGGGUGAGCAAGCGGCUGCACCAGCGGUUCCAGGCCUGGGUGGACAAAUGGACCAAGGAGCACGUGCCCCGCGAAAUGGCAGCCGAGACAAACAAGUGGCUCAUGGGUGAAGGCUUGGAGGGCUUGGUGCCCUGCACCACCACCUGUGACACAGAGACCCUGCACUUUGUCAGCAUCAACAAGUACCGCGUCAAAUACGGCACGAUAUUCAAGACACCCUAAAAGAGUCCCCCCCGGGGCGAGGGCAGAGCCCGGGAGAUGUGUGUGUGUGCGCGCAUCCAGGGAAGGAGGGAGAUCCUUUCUCCCCUCACCGUGUAUCUCCGUGACAUGGCCACUUGACUAGUGCGUGGCUGGUACAGCCUGUCCCGGCGGGAUUCCCCGUGGGGACACGGAUCUCCGUCCCGGGGCCGUGGGCUGCCGGCCCCUUUUUGGGCAGGAAGGACCCUUCUCUGAACUGAGCCAUCCCAGAGAAACACCACGAGCUCGUACACACCAGCAGCGUUGAGGCUUUGACUUCCCUGAGCGGCGAGGGAGGGGAUGGGAUGCUUCCACCACCACCGGACCGCUUGGAUGUGUCCCCAAAAUCCCCAGGUGCCUGUGGCCACCGGAUUCUCCUCUCCUUGCGGGCUCCGGCGCUGGGGCCACGGGGCAGCAGACCCCGGGUUCCUCUUGCUCCCUCUCCUCCCUCCCAGGCUGGACUCACCCUGUGCAGAUCGGUCUGUCCUUUCUAGUGCCAGUGGAACUGUUUUAUUUUUAUUUUGGGGUUUUGGUUUUUUUGUUUUUUUGUUUUUUGGUUUUUUUUUUUUUAUGGUACCUGCUUGUUUACUAGUCUCUCCUAGUGCCAUGCACCAGCUUUUCACACACAUGUACGUACACACACACAGCAGAGAACAACACGAUUUUAACAUGUUCCCCUCCUUUUUUUGUAAAUAAAUGUACAAAUUGUCAAUUUUUUGGGUUUUUUUUUUUUCCUUUUUGGUUUGUUUUGGUUUUUUUUUUUUUAAUUAAAGGAAUUAUGCUUGAUGUGCUAGCAUAACUGUACUAGCUUCUUGUGUACCAUAGUACCAGGUGGCUUGAGAAUUAGUACCGACAGACCGAUGGAGACAUUUAUUACACUUUUUACCAAAGGGAGUUAUCAUUGUAGUGCUUUUGUGUGGAAACUUUUUUCUCCUUUUUUUGUAAAUAAAAAAAAUAAUGUCUUUGUUCUUAACUGGAGGAAGACACUCGCUCA